AUGGGAAGGUUUCAGAGCUUUCCAGCGCUCCUGGCUGAGUUGGAGAAGCUCCCCCAGCGAAAGUUGGACCGUCUUCGGUGGUUGGACCUGAUUGACGCCAUCCGAACACCGAAAGAGUUGGGGAUCGUGAUCGGUGCCUUGGGCAAGAGGUCCAGCUGGCGGGCCGCCGUGGCCUUGUUGCACUGUGCCUUGUGCCAUGGUGGCCGUCUACAACCAGAUCUGAUCGUCUACAACCGUGUGAUGGCCGCCUGUGAACGCGAUGGUGCGUGGCCUUGGGCCUCUUCGCUCCUGGAUGCCCUGACGAAGCGAGGCCUCGUACCCGAUGAGGUCACAUGGAACACCUUGAUCAGUGCUACUGGUCGUGGCUUUCGUUGGGACCUGUCACUGGCGCUGCUGUCCGAGAUUCAAUGCCAGUUGGGGGUUAGCACUUACAGCUUCAACUGUGCACUGGGUGCCUGCGAACGUGCUGGGCGAUGGGAGGCGGCCAUUGAGCUUUUGGCACGGAUGGGUCGGCAAAAAGCUCAAGCAGAUGAGAUCUCCUUCAGCUCAUUGAUCGAUUCAUGUGAGAAUUCGUGGCCAGCCGCGGUGAACGCCUUGCAACAGAUGUUGGAUGCAGAGUUGCGACCCAACGUCAUUACGCACAGCUCCUUGAUCCGUGUGUGCGCUACUGGGAGCCAGUGGCAGAUGGCCCUGAACCAGUUGAAGGUCAUGCGCACCGAGGCAGUGUUGCCAAACCGGAUCACCAUCAACAUCGUAUUAAGGUCCUUCACCAGCAGUGCCAAUUGGCAGCUGGCCCUGCAGCUGAUGCAAGAUGCCUUCUCUAGCGACACUAGGCCCAUCGGCACUGCUCCCGAAACAAGUCCGCGGGGACUCUUUCAAACCCGCCCAAGUCACUCUGGAAAAACAGAACCAGACAAAAAUAUGGUUGCGCUUUUAUAUAAAUUCAUUCAUUCUUCCAUUCUUUCCUUCUUUCGUGUGCGCUUUCAUGUGUUGGUGUCCCACGCCACUCUUCAUUCUUCCAGGCCACUCGCCCACGACACCUCUGCGGCGGUGCUGCGUGUUUGUGAGGCUGCAACCUGCUGGGUCACCGCAGUGCAACUGCUGGCGGAGGCAGGACAGGUGGAUUGCUACAUGCUCAGUGCAGUGAUGGGUGCGUGCGAGAGGGGAUCGAAGUGGGCGCAUGCCUUGGAGCUGCUGGACAGGGCGGUGGAAGAUCAUUUCGCGGAUCACUUCAUGUAUACAACGGCCAUCACUGCCUGUGCUAAGGGGAAGCAGUGGUCGAUGGCACUGACACUCUUCUCUCGCGGGCGGCCAGAUGUGAUCUCCUGUUCAGCAGCGCUAAGCGCGUGCGAAAAGUCUCAGAAGUGGACGUGGGCUUUGCACUUAUUUGCGGAGGCAGUGGCUACGAAGCUUAGGCUAGAUGUCAUGGCGUCAAGUGCAGCAGUGAGCACAUGUGCUGCUGCGGGCCACUGGCAGUGGGCAUUCCACUUGUUCAGUGGGAUGUGCCUGGCUGGAAUUCGGCCUGAUACCUUUGCCUUCAAUGCCGUUUGCAGCUCAUGCGACACACCUACGGAGUGGCCUUUGACGCUAAUCUUCCUGGACGAAAUGAAGGCACAAGACGACCAUAUGUUUAAGGUGGCAGUUCGUGGUUCCAAGGUGAGAAUGCCUCCAAUUCAAGCGAUUUGUUUCGAAGCAACAAAGACAGUUCAAUGA